UCCCACCAAAUACCAUUAUAAAAAUUGGAAAAGCGAAAUUCUUGAGAUCCGCACUGCAGAUUCAGAAACUAUAUAAACCUACGGCCACUCCCAGGAGAAGAAACAGCCACAGCUUUUCAGAUCUGCUCUCAAUUUCCGCUUCAUUCAGCUCCAGAUCCGAUCAAUUUUUUGCUACAGUUGAUUCUCGAUGGAUUGCAGUCGGGACAGCGAGUAAUUCGUUAUGGCUGUGAGGAGACCUGGUGUAAUUGCUCUUUUUGAUGUUGAUGGCACGCUUACUGCUCCCAGGAAGGUGGCUACUGUUAAGAUGUUAGAUUUUAUGCAGGAACUUCGGAAGGUUGUUACUGUUGGUGUUGUUGGGGGUUCCGAUCUUGUUAAGAUUUCAGAGCAGCUUGGAAAUACAGUCAUUAAUGACUAUGAUUAUGUGUUUGCUGAGAAUGGCCUUGUGGCUCACAAGGAUGGAAAGUUAAUUGGAAAGCAGAGCUUGAAGUCAUUUCUUGGAGAAGAAAAACUCAAGGAGUUUAUUAACUUCACUCUCCAUUACAUUGCCGACUUGGAUAUCCCCAUCAAAAGGGGAACAUUUGUUGAAUUUCGAAGUGGGAUGCUUAAUGUAUCUCCAAUCGGAAGAAACUGCAGUCAGGAAGAGAGAGAUGAGUUUGAAAAGUAUGAUAAGGUCCACAACAUUCGGCCCAAAAUGGUGUCUGUGCUCCGAGAGAAGUUUGCACACUUCAACCUAACCUUUUCCAUAGGGGGGCAAAUCAGUUUUGAUGUUUUUCCUCGAGGCUGGGACAAGACAUAUUGCUUGCAAUACCUGGAUGAAUUUCAUGAAAUUCACUUCUUUGGAGACAAGACCUACAAGGGAGGAAAUGACUAUGAAAUCUACGAGUCGGAGAGAACCAAAGGUCACACCGUUACUAGCCCCGAGGAUACAGUAAAGCAGUGUACAACUCUCUUCCUGAGCUAGCAACAUCGAGGCCUCUGAUCUUACGGUGCUACUGUGGUUUACAGAGAUCAGGAAUAAUUUGGAUUGUGAAGUAUACUAAAUGAGAGCAUGAAUUUGGAGGUAUAUAUAAUUUUUUGUUAUCUGUGAACUUUUGUUGUAGCUUUCCUCAUAUUGUAUGGUCAGCAUUGUAAUCUAUACAUGCCAACAACAUAUUAUCCACUGAACAGAGAUGUGCUCAAAAGUGUAACACAAAGGCAUGAAACUUGAAUUGUAUACACAAAUUCUUCUCCACAGUACAUUGAAUGCUUUGUA